AUGGAUUCAUCGUCUGAUGACGAUAGUGAUGACGAUCGGCAGAAGUUUGUCAUCGGCGGCAGUGACGACGAUUCUUCUUCCGAAGAAGGUGGUAAUUUCAAGGAUGAAAAUGAUGACCGUGAGAAUCCCAGUGAAUGGCAAAGCAUCAAUGUGAAUGACGAAGAACGGGGUGUGAGCAGUGAAACUAAUCCCAAUGGAUUAGCGAAUUAUUCUGGAUCCGAAGAGGAGAAUAAAAAGAGACGCAUGAUUAUCAUUGGAUUGGCCAUUUGCUGUUGCAUUUGGCUCGUUGCCGCUAUCGCCUUUGGUGUAAUGGCAUUCACCAAAGAAGAUGAUCCUCCGCAAACAACGACAGCCGUGGUGGCAUCAACUCCGGCUCCUGUUGCCACUACUCCAGCACCAAGCAACAACGGCACCGCGGUUGCACCAGACCAAGUUCCCAUUACCGAAGCGCCUUCCAUCAGUCCAUCAACAUCUCCCAGUGGAUUCUUCCAAACCGAAUUUGUCUAUCCUGCCAUUGCUUCUACCUUCAUUCAAAAGGGUGUGACGAAUCCUCAAAUCAACUCUCCCACGUUGCUAGUGGAAAAUGGAAACGGGAAUUCGGACGCCUCUGCCUUGAUAAGAUUGGAUGUAUCGAGCAAGAUUGACAACAUCUUUCGACAACGACGACAACUGGCGGGUCAAUUCACGGGCAAAUCCACCAAAAGUUUCUUGAGGCUAUUUUUGGCGGCCGAUGCUGGAUCACCGCCGCCCAAAUUGACUUUGUUUUUGCUGCCAGAAGUCGAUUUGCAAUUCUUGACGGCCCAAGAAUUCAACCCAGUCUUGGCCGAAGAGUUGCAAUCCUUUCGGUUUACCGACUUGCCACAUCCUGCCGUGACAGGAAUUGCCAAUAUGGAUCAAAAUGUGUUCUUACCUCCUCCCAAAGCGGGAGAUCCCAUAUGGAUUGAUAUCACAGACGUUGUGGACAGUGCGGCUGCCUUUGGAGAGGAAUCCGUAUUUUUAAUGUUGGAAAAUCGGGACGCCGUGCAAGCACCUGGGAGUGGGACCCAGUUUUAUGGAGUCAAUUCGGAGGAUCCUCCGGCAUUGGUGGUAUUUCUGGAUGAUACAGUGCCUACUAUUUCUCCUGCGCCAUCCAUGAGCAUGGCACCUUCCAUGAAUCCAACGGGAAGCAUCUACCCUACAGGAAGUGAUCCGCCCUCAUUGAAAGAUUCGACGGAACCAUCGUCAGGCCCAAGUACCAGUUAUAGACCCACCAACAUGCCCAGCAAACUAUCGUCGACCAAUCCCACCAUUGCUCCUUCCAGCAGUGCUAGACCCAGUGCUUCGGAACGGCCUUCGGGAGUCCCUUCUGGAUCUGGCGCACCUUCUGUUUCCGCCCAACCCUCCAAGGUUGCUUCGGGGGCACCUUCCAAAGCUCCAGUGGCCUCAGAAUUUCCCACCAACACCCAAUGUCUUCCUUGUCCGCAAGGACAGGCCCUCAAGUUUUCGACUGUCUCAGUUGCUUCGAUGUCCGAAUCCUGUGCCGAUUUAAGACUCCGGUUGUUGUACAGCGAAUAUGCUGUUUUCGAUGCGACACCAGUCCAGUGCACUGAUAUUGUCGAUACUUGUGGAUGCGAAGUUCCCGUAGCCUGUACUCCCUGCACUGGAUUUGAAAAACUCAAGUUUUCUGCUGUAAAACUCAUCAAUGAUGUCAAAUGCCAAGAUGCCCAAAUCACACUCGCAACCCAACCAUUAGCCUAUGGCACAGCUCAGUGUGCAGGCUUGAAGGACUCUUGCGGUUGUGGGGCUCCCACCACGAAUUGUCGGGUUUGCCCCGAAGGUCAAGUUGUGGGCGAUCGAGAUUAUGUCCUUUCUACCACGGCACUAGGGCUGGUUAGUUGUGGUGAUUUGGAACUUGGUGGUUCCUACGGGUACAUUGACGAUGCUACGUGCAGCAAACUGGAGACUGCGGGGGUGGCGGAUCUUUGCGGGUGCGAACUAGCAAGUGACCGACCUUCCAUUAGUCCAUCUUCCACCACGAUCGGUAGUGUAUCGAUCCAGCCAUCCUUUGAACCCUCCAAACAACCUUCCCUAAGCUCAGCACCCAGUGACAGUUUGGUGCCAUCCAAACAGCCUUCUGCGAGCAACGCCCCCAGCACAAGUUUAUCACCGUCCAAACAGCCGUCAACAAGUGCCGCACCAUCCCAAACCCCAUAA